AGGAGGAGGAGGAGGAGGAGGAGGAGAAGGAGGAAGAGGAGGGCGUGGUUAUUAUUGUCCUGGUGGUCUUGGCGAGGGAGGAGGCGGAAAUGAUUGUCGGUCUGGUCCCUGUUCGUGGCCCGGUCGCCGUCCCAGCGGUGAUGGCAGUGACUGGGCUCCUCUUCCCGGCGGGCGGUGCUUUGGGGCGGCCGUGCCCGACUGACAGCGACGUGUCGGGGGAGAGCAGCAAUCUCGGAGGGCGUCUGUCGGAGCAGGACGGCUGCAGUCGGGCCUGCGAUGGCGGCUGGGAUUGCGAUUGGGGCUGGGGACGAGACAGUGAUGGCGGUGGAGGAUGCGGUGGGAGCGAUGGCGGGUGGGCGGACGAGGUGUGGGAGACGAGGUUCGGGUUGCGCAUGGCGGGUGAGUGUCUAAGGGAAAAUCCCCUCGUCAGCUUUCUCAGUAGGUACCUACGCAGCGUCAACGCACCACCCGUAGGCCACCAGCCAGAGGGCACACGCCGGGCCGUCAGCACCGCAGCGUACCCAAGGUACGGGCCUGGGCGAGGUGUUACGGGGCAAUCCGUGGCUGGGAGAGGUACAGGCCUGGGAGAGGUACGCGCGCGGGCGGGCGAGGGUACGCCCCGGAUGCGAUCCGUAAUGUACCCAGCACCUGCCUACGAAGGUACCCUCUGCACCAGAUAGAGGGCGACAGAGUGGGGGCGAGGGCGAGCGAGGGAGAGGCGCCGAGGUACCGCAUACAUGGGUGAACGUGGGCUGAAUGUAUGCCGAAUGUAUGCACCCAACUGGCAACUCGAAGCGGUACACGCCAAGUAGGGGGGGAGGGGGGUUUAGAGGAAUGUGUCUCGUACCUAUCGGUUCUCAGCGACGCCGCAGAGGCAGAGGCCGGUUACCUAAAGCAGCAGCAGCGGCAGCAGCGGAGCAACGCUAGAAGGGGGGUUGCUAUCCAAACGUGGCCGGACGCCCAUUGGCCCGUCGUCCCGAGGGGAGGAGCCCUGGAGGUUCGCAGCUUAGCGGGAAUUCCCCCGCCGCUCUGAUAGAGAGAUAUAUAUUUAUAUCUCGCGAGUAUAUUUGUAUCUCGAGUUUUCCGCGGGCUGACGGCCGUGGUGGCGAGAGGUGUAGAUGCGGUCCAGCCUCGAACCAGCCGGCGGAAAUGCGUAGUGUGCGUGCGUUGUCGGUAGGCACGCGUGGAUGUGCACGAAAGAAAAGACAGGGCGAGAGGGAGG